AUGACUGAUACGCACCUUCGUUCAAUAAAGUUUGCACCUUCCAAGCUUGCACUCAUAGCUCCUGAUGUCACCUUAAAGCGGUACAUAGAAAUAGGUCUAAGACCGUCAUUAAGGAAGUUUCAUGAAUUCAGACCAGUUAUAGUAUCACCUGCAGGCUUCAGUCGGUACGAGAAAGAGGGGAAAUCGUCAAAUGCUAUUCUUGGAUCAUCUGUAGUGAAGAGCGGGUCCACAGAUGUUAUAUGUAGUAUUAGUGCGGGAGUUGUGGAAGAUUCUCAAGAACUUACCAAUGACUACAGACUCAGAUUAGAUAAGGACAUCAUCGAGGCCGAUGAGGAUGAAAACAACAGCAGUUCCAAAGACGAGGAUCAUAGGGUUAACCAAUAUUCUUCUGUUUAUUCUGUUGUCGAGGUGUCCAGAGGAAGAAACGGCCCUCCCACUUCAGAGGAGAUAGAGCUUUCGCAGGCCUUGUACGAGACAAUUCUACACUCCGGGAUGAUCACGAAAGAGAGUUUGAAUAUCAAAUUGGGUCUAAAAUCGAGGGACUCCGAAGGAAAGCCUGUUAUUAUUCGGAGAUACGAUUCCGAUGACAGCGACAUAUUGAAUGAAUUUGCACCCAAGAAGAACUUCAGCUACGUUCUUUAUGCCAAGAUUCAAGUAUAUUCGAAGACAGGACCUUUAUUUGAUCUUUGCUAUGCAGCUUUGAUAAAGGCUCUCAGAAACACAAAGCUUCCUGAAAUGUACAUUAAUGAAAAGGAAACAGAUGCUAAGGUUUCUGCAUUACGGGCCAGGAAGACCAACAAAAACGACAGUAACGGCAGAAAUGGCUCGGAUCUUCAAGAAUUUGAUCUUCUAUGCGAUCCUGUGUCCUUUCAUGAUUUGAAGAUUGACGAAGGGAAACUUUCUUGGAGUUCGACUUUUGGUAUUACUCAUGGUUCAGAUUCUGUCCUAUUAGCCGAUCCAGAAGGUGAAGCAGAGGAAAACAUUUUUGAGGGAAUUGAAGUUGUUAGUAGUGGAAAUGACACUUUAUUUAGUGCAGUGAUAACUGGUAAUAUUGGCGAAGAUGACCAUGCGAUCAGCAAAGAUCAGAUCAAGGAAGCAAUUCUUCUUUCAAAGAGAAGGUCUGCUAAUAUGAUCAAAGAAUUGUGA